UUUAUUUAUUUUCUACUUACAUCUUUGCCUAAAUGAUCAAGAAAUUGUAUUUUUAAACCUUAAAAUUUUUUUUUUUGGAAAAAUCUAACGCAAAAAAUUGUCUCUUAGUUUGGGCUUUAGCGGGAGAUCCAAUGGCCGGAAGACGCUGUGUGAUAUGCGGCGAGCAGCCACCCGAGAGGGACCACAAGGGAAACGAGGCCUACGCCUACCCCAAGACCGAGGACGAGGCCCGCAUCUGGCAGGCGAGCAUGGGGGCCAAGGGGUGCUGCGUGGAGAGCAUCCAGCAGCAGUGCUGCGUCUGUGUCCAGCACAUCCCGGAGUUCGUGAAGCGGGCGAAGCGGGUGGGCCGAAGGAUUCGGAACCAGGAACGCAACAAGGAUAGGAGGCGCGAGGAGCUGAUGGCCAUGGCCGGCGCCGGCUGUAUGUGUCCCGACGGAGACACGCCGGGUCCGGAUCGGCCAACAGUCAACGUUCUACUCCUCAACGGGGCCUCCCUGCCCACGUACUGCGGCAAGGGGCAAGCGACCGAGAAUCUGUGCCAAGCCCCAGAGGCGGACGGUGAUUCUGGCAUGAAGCUCAUCAAGCGGGUCAACGGCAAGGAGUCGGACACGGAGAUAUUCGUCCAGGAGUCGGGCUUCGUCGACACGGGCGGCAAGCAUCCCGACAUCGACGGCACCGAGAUGACCGUGCUGCGUGCUCCCACCCAAGACGACGAACACAUGGAACAGUUCCACAAGGACUAUCUGGAGGAAGAGAAGAAGCACGCCAAGGGCCUGAGGGCCCGCCGGAACAUGUGCAUGCCGAACUGCACGGACGUCCUGCUCCUGGCCCGCGGCCGGAACCCCGCCGACGAGUGCCCCUGCAAGUGCGAACAGUGCUCGAGGCCCUCCGAACUGGCGGAAGACGGCGAGUGCUGUAAUCCGCCCUGCUGCCCGGACACUCAGCCGGAGUACUACACCCAGCCGCCCUGCGGCUGCGAGUGCGAGCAGCAGGUGCGGCGCGAACUGGGCCGGGUCAUCAAGACGCAGACCCAGCGGAUCAAGGAGCUGGAGAACCGACUCUGCCGCCAGAACAACAUGCGCAGCUGCCUCCAGCGGAAGCUCGACGAGCUGUACUGCGAAUUUGGCAAGCUGGACGAGGACCAGGGCGAGGGCAGUAAGGCCCUACUUAGUUGCCCGGGCCCAGACUGCGCCUCAGUUGUGGUGGCGUCGCCACCAGAGCCAAUAUCGCCGCCGACACUGAAGGAGGCCCCACUAAUACCGAAGCUGCCACGGUUCCGACGCUCCAACCACAAAUUGGCGCCCCCGCCACCGCCACCGCCGGAGGAGGAGGACUCAUCGGACGAUGAGUUUGACGGAGAGUCGUUCGAGCGGGUUCACUGGAUGUCCAAGCGGAAUACGAAAACGAGUAAAGCUCGGAAGACUCGUCGGCCCGAUUGGACCAACACCUUAGAGCCGGGCACUCUAACGUCCAUGAGUCGCAGCACCAUGUCGAUCCGCUUCGGACACAAUGUCGUCCCCAGCACGUUGUCCCUUCAGCCGUCUGACAAGUCGAGGUCGCUCGGAUCGCGUCCUUGAUGUCCCAGCCACUGUUUCCUUUACAUGCCACUCCCCAUUCUCCAUUCUGUGUGCCCAAAGCAAUCAUGCAAAAAUUUAAAUAUAUUCUUUUUCCGGUUCUGUGCAAA